GCGGAUUGGCACAAAUGCGCGACGAACGGCGCCGAACGCGGAUUGAAUUUUCGGACAUAUUAAACGAUAUUUACGCGCGGGGUUAUAGUGUAGUACCAAACGCGGCACAAAUGCCGCUUGCAAAUCAUAUACGUCCGUGAUAUUUUUAAGUGAAUAAUCAUCGAAAAUAGCGAUAGUGUAUCGAUAGUGUAUACGACAAGUGGUAUUAUCGUGAUUGGUGUAAGAAAGAACGCAGAGGACACAUCGAGAAAGAGCUGGACCAAACCUCGUAGAUUUUUACGUCUCUCUUUCUCUUUCUUUCUCUUCCUCUCUAUCUAUCUUUCUCUCUCUCUCUCUCUCUCUCUCUCUCAUUCCCUCUCUCUUUCUCUCUCUACUUUCUUAACACAAAGUUUUAGAAAAUCAAAUCAAAAAUGGGUUGCGCCUCGCAGUGUGCCAAGUACUUUCUGUGCUUCUUCAACUUCGUAUUUUUCGUCGCUGGCGGAGCAGCAUUGACCGUUGGUAUCUGGUUAUUCGCCGACAGGAACUCCUUCACGAACCUCAUCGCCAAACUCGAUCAGUCCGAUAUUCUGACUAAAACGGAUGCCGAUGUCAUAAGAAUGAUGUCUUACAUCCUGAUCAUUGCCGGUGCCCUCACGUUCAUCGUUAGCUUUUUAGGAUAUUGCGGAGCAAUGUUCGAAUCUAGAUGUCUCCUCUGUGUCUACGGCGUCCUUCUUUUAUUGGUUUUGGUCCUGGAAUCUGUGGUGGUUGGCCUUGCGUUUGGACUAAAAGGAGAUGCGGAAAAGGGUACACAAAGUUUCCUGAAGUCAACGAUCAAGUAUUACGCAGCUAGCGUGGAUCAAACUGAAACCGUGACAGUCGCGUGGGAUGGUAUUAUGACCCAGCUCCAUUGUUGCGGUGUUGAAAGUUAUUUGGAUUUUCACGAAAGCACAAAUUGGACGACGACCAAUAAAGUGGUACCGGAAUCUUGUUGCAUAAAAGAGAACGGCGAACUGAAGGAUCGUUCCUGUCCUCUCAAUCCUACGUCAUCGAAUUCUUAUUAUCAAACGGGUUGUUACAAAGCGAUAUUAACCGCGAUAGAAGAAAACGCCGUAAUAGUUAUAGGAGUUGCAGCUGGUUUGGCCUUGGUCGAAAUUCUGGUUAUUAUAUUGGCCCUAUACCUGGCAUGUAUCUACUGGCGUCCGCAACAUGCUUGCGUAGAUGUAUCAACAAGACAAGCCUGGUGAGAGAAGUGGUGAGAUGGGGGAUGUGAUGGUUUGGUGAAAUUUGGUUUCAAGUAAGAAGUGGUGAAGAUAUUGAUUGAACAAUUGACUCCUUUCCAUGCCUCUUCUUUAAACAAUGUCGAAUCUGUUGCCAAUUUUCUAAUUCUUAUAUCAUUUUUUUUAUGUAUAUUUUUCUUAAGGCAUGAUAUAGCUUUGCUUCAUAUCUUUGCAUGAUCAUGCUAUAAUCAACUAUACCAAAGUGGUGAUAGAGGCCUGAUUGCAUUGAAAAAAUAAUUAGACGAAUGACUAUUUCCUUUGAUAUGCUUAGUCACAUUUAAAAUUAAUCAUACCAAUUAAAUAAUUAUGCAAUCAUGCCUUGGGUUUCAGUUAUGGUUCAAAUGUAAUUUACUAUUUUUCAUUUGAUACGUAUUAUGUAUCUCUUUGAUAUUUCUUAGCACAAAUUACCAAGUAAACUGUAUGUAUAAUAUCUAAUUAAAUAAUUUUUAUGACAGAUAAGUAUUAUUACAAAGAAAAUGACAUCUCUUUAAUCAUGCAUAUAUUUAAAAAUUUACAGUAUAUUUUAUAUAUUUUAUUAUUCACGAUCUUUUUGUUUAAAGUAAAAUAUUGUUUUUUAUCAGAGAUUAUAUUUAAAUAUAGCGAAUACAUAUAAAUGCUAAAUCACGUAUUAAAUACAAUAUAAACGAUACAUGAAAAAAGAGAUAUAUAUAUAUAUAUAUAUAUAUACAAUAUAUAUAUAUAUUCUUUUUGAAAUUAUUAUUAUUAUAGUAGGUGAUAGUUUUAAUUGUAUUAAGAAAAUAACAAAAGUUACUGCCUAUUUUUCUAUCUAUUAAAAUGUUACAAGAUAAUUCAACCAAAGUGAUCAAUUUCUCAACCAUUCAGAUAUAUCUAUUUCAAAAGUGAAUAUAUACUAAUAUAAAAGUCUACACUUUUUGUAUUGAUAAUUUGUGCUAGUAUAUCCGUAUUAUUUUAACCAUAUUAUAUAAAUUAUAUGUAUGUAUACUAUAAAAAGCUAUAAAUACAUAAGAGUAUAUAUAUAGAAAAAAAAGAAAUCAUAAAUUAAAUUAAAAGAAAAAAAAUAUUCUCUGUAGUAAUCUGACGCAAAAUUUGUGCGAAUUUACAUAAAAUGAUAUUCUUUAUAAUUCAGUUUUCCCAGUUAUAUUUAUGAUUUCAAUGGCACAUUAAUGUAUUUUAUAAAAUGGGUAUACGUACAUAAAGUUGUAAUACUAAGUCAACAUAAAUCUUUCAAAAAAUGCACUUUCUACAUACUAAUAAUAGUUCAUACCGCACACUCUAAGCAUUUUCGUUUCCAGUGUUAACUUGUUGGUGCUGCUGCUGACGAGGCAUUAAGGGCAUGGAACUGUUGAGUAGUGCCUCCUAGCAUACGCACGUUGAGCCAUUAGAAGUCCUGUGCCUUGCUUGCUUGAAACGUUAGAUACUAGCCAGAUUUAGGCUAGUCUAAACGUCGGCUGACAGAAAU